AAGAGUCUCAUUGUGCCAGACAGUAAUUGAUAGGCGUAUAUAAAUGUUUAUAUCGACGCUGUAUUUCGGGCAGAUUAUUAACUGAAACAUAUAUGUUCAUAUUGGUUUCGGACGAUCUUCAUCUGCAAAUGUAAGGAUAUUUACCAUCAUAUUUCGUGGAAGGAUUACAGAAAUUGACUGAAUUGAAUAAAAUGGCAGAAAUGAAAAGCGCCCCCUACGACCAACUACCCAGCGCUCCAUACGAUAGCACUGCAAUCGGGAGCAACGCCUAUGCAUACGGGAACGCCGGGUAUUCUACAGGGCCCCCAGCCCCAAGUGGUGGAGGUGUAGCUCCCCCUGCAUACUCACAAAACACUGUACCGGUGGCGCAAACGGUCACUGUUGGGGUGCCAAUCGCUACGACUAUUCACAGACAGGGUGCCCCUCCUAUGCCUGAGAAGUAUAUAAUUCACAAUAUCCUCGUACUCCUCUUCUGUUGUCUAUUGUUCGGAAUCAUUGGAAUCAUUAAGGGUUCGCAGGUUGAUUCUCUGUAUAUCCAAGGCCAUUAUGAAGCGGCUCAGGUUGCCUCUCUCUCUGCCAGGCGAUGGUAUCUCUGGGGUCUCUGGUUUGGUGUUAUUGUGUACGCUGUCUUUCUGGUUACUUUCUUGAUUCUUAUAAUUUAGCGGCGUAAGAAAAGACAGCGAAUAUUAAUAGUGAGACAUUAAAACUUGAAAACAAACAUCGAGACUAAUCAUAGGUCUUAUAAGACACUGAGAAUUAAAUAGACAAUGACGAAACUUGUAUAUACGACAUCGACCGCCCUUUUACACACUGUUAGAAAAUUUAUCUUUCAAAUAAAAUAAGUUCCUGCAGCAGAGUCUCGAGAA